AUGUCUGCACCACAACCAGACCCCAACGCUCCGCUGUUUGGAGCAGCCAAAAACGUUGAUCGAUAUGGGCUCGUCGUUAUCAUCUGGGUAUGCUUCGCCAUCGCUACCCUCUUUGUGUCACUACGUCUUUUCGUCCGAUGGCACCAGAACCGUCGGUUCUUGGCGGAUGAUUGCUGGAUUAUCUGGGCUUGGCUAUGUGCCUUGACCAUGGCUAUCGUACAAACAGAGCAGAUGCAUGCGAUGUGGUACAUGACGUACCUCCAAGCCGGUCGCAUAGCGUUCGAUCCGGAGGAGAUGGUGAAGCAGCGGUACGAGUUGACCAAGUGGCAGUUUCCCAUCAUCAAGAUGUUUUGGGUUAUUCUUUGGUCUGUCAAAGCGAGUUUCCUGGCCAUCUUUUAUCGUCUUGUCAAGCCCUUUACUGUCAUUCGAAGACUGUGGUACUUCGUUUGUUUCUUUACGGCUUCGGCCCUUAUUGUCUGCGUCGUUUGCAGCGCACUUACAUGCGACCCUCCGUCCGAUUACUUCCAUGGCACCUGUGACUCCGAUAAAGAAAACUGGCGACAGACCUUCAAUAUCAUCUUCUCCACCACUGUCGACAUCGCCAGCGAUCUCAUGAUCAUGGCCCUCCCGAUCGCCGUCCUACCCUCCCUCCAACUUGACAGAAAGAAGAAGAUCGGUCUCGGCAUCGUUUUCUCCCUAGGUGUCAUCAUCAUCGCCGUCGCCGUUAUCCGUAUGUCCCAAGUCAUCGUCAAACAACAAGUCGACAUCGUGGGCCUAGCAAUCUGGGGUGCUGUCGAAACCGCCACUGCCCUCGUUGUCGGGUGUCUGCCAGCCCUCAAAGGCCUAUUGUCGCGAAGCAUCAAGAAGUACAAAACCUCACGAAGUGGACGAUCUGAUCCUACAGAUUACAGUACCUCUGCCAAUCGACGGGGCGUCGGCUCAUCCUUGACACCGAAGGAUAUCACAGGGUCAGACUGUAUACCAUUGGAUGAUGUUGAUAGGGUUGAGCAUCUUGAUGGAGGAAUCUGCGUGCAUAAGACGUUUGAUCUUGCGACGGAAAGAGAUGAUACUUCUUCACGGGGUGAGGAUGAAGAGAUGGCUAUUAUUCGGGGGCCUUCCAAGAGGUAG